UUGUGAUUGCAAAAAAAAACAUUUUUCAUUAUUAUUGAUCAUCAUUAACCACUAAUUAGUUGCUCUUAAUUAUUCAAUUUACAUGGUGGAUUAAUUGUCGAUAGUAAUUAAAAAAUCAUUCUGGAUGCUUUUGGGAUUUCUCAUCAUUUGGACACUACAAUUAAUGUCACUUCAUGGAUUCUACUUAUCAUUUGAUUCAAUUCUCAGACCAGUACCAGUUACUUGUAACGGUUUAACUUGUCUCAAGUUCACUAAUCAUGUGAAAAACAUAAGUGGCCUUAUACCGAUUCGGCAAUUUAGUUUAAAUUCAGCAAACCGUGGUGAUGGAAUCAUCUUUUGGACGAUCGAUACAACUUUCCUUGCUUAUUACAAUGGCAUGAUUCAUAUACUUGGACCUACCAAUACACCUUACGAUGACCCAUUGACCCUUAAAAUUGAUAUAUCGAUUACUCCUCCCAUUGAACAAGCUCACCGUUUAAUUAUUCUUGGUGAUGAUACUUUUAUCACCUAUUAUCAGAUUAGAAAGUCAUUAGAAUCAAGUUUACCCCCAGAGACAACCUUUGAUUUGAUCAAAUUGUUCAAGAUCAAUUUGAAUAAUCAAACGUUAACUCAUCUUGAUUCAAUAUCAUUCAAUUCAACUUUUUUCAAUCGUUUAACUAGAUACAUAAUCAACUCAGCGACCACCGUUGAAGGUUAUUCUUACCUGUCAGGUAUUCGAACCCUUGGUGGUGAAGAUGAACUGUUCACGAUUCGAUUGUGUUCAAGAUACUCACUGGGAACUUUUGUUGAACUUUUUUUCCUUUCGGUGUUAACUUUUAAUGAUGAUAAUUACUUUGAUUAUCCAUUGAUUACCUCGAUUACACCUGAAUUGAUUGGUGAUGUUUUAAAAUCAAGGUUACUUAUUUCUUAUCGAAUGACUAAUGAAUUUGUGAUCAUUCCAAUUGAUGCUAAUCGAUUUGAUUUAAUUCAUCAACAAUGUACCCAAGGGAUUGGAAAAACACUCUCCUCACUGUUCAUCUCUUCCAGGGUGUUAGAAAAUUGUCCAGUUAUCACCGACCAAGUUUCGAACUUAUGUGACCUUAAUCAAUCCCUUUUUCCCUCCAAUAGUGAGGGAAGACUUUUCUCUGGGAGUUAUUGGACAUCAUCCAAUCCACCGGUGGUUUUCACUCUUGUCUAUUUAGAUUUUCCAGUUUACUGUCACCUCGCAAUUCGAGUUGAAACCAAUGGGUCAGUUUACAGUUGUCCACUUCGAGUACCACCCUUUUUCUCAGAUGAAUGGACCUGUGACUAUAUUGGAAAUGUCGGCAAUUUGACCCGUGGACCUUUAUAUUCACCCUAUUUAAACGCUUCCACUGGAUCGAUUGAAAUUUACUCGCCCAGUCAUCGAGAACUACUUUCAUUUAAACUAAUGAACUGUUCGUAUCUUCCCAAUUGCUUAUCGUGUUUAAUAUUCGGUGAUUAUUUUAAUUGUGAUUGGAUCGAAACAACAUUCUCAGCUAGUUGUGAGCAGAGAGAAAUCGAUGGUCCGAACAAUGGUCAAGACAUUGACCAAUGUUUAACGGUAAUCUCAAUUUCACCUGAUACAAUAAUCUUGACCGAUCCAUUGGUUCAAUUUACUUUGAUCUUAAAUGACAGAGGUAGUGACCUCAUCAGCCACAGAGAUUACGAGUUUGUGGUCUAUGUUAAUGAUGACCCUUGUUUGGAAACUGUUCAAUCUGUUGACCUUGAUUCUAAUGGAUUCAAAUUGACCUGUACUCUGGGUCAACGUAAGAAAGGUAAUUGGCCAGUUACUUGGUCAGUUGGGGCCAAUCUAACUAAUAAGUUAACGGAAAAGUUUCUCACCUCCGAUAUACCAAUCAACAUAACUAUCGACGGUAUACCAACCCCUCAAUUACGAGUAAUUCAACGGAGACAAAAUCAAUUAACGAUUUACUCAUUGUUUACUGCUACAUUAAUUAUCCUUUUCAUUUGUUCAUUAACUUUUAAAAGCAAUUCUAAAUCAUCAAAUGGACAAUUAAAAAAGAGCAGUUUAACUGAGAUUAAAAAUCGAAUCGCAACUAAUAAAAGUUUCAUAUCGAAAUUACCAAGUGCCGUUUCAAGUCAAGAAACUAAAACCAGUUUACUCAGCAAUCGACUUUAACAAUUAGCAACAAUUAAUAAUCUGAUUGAUUAACUGGAUGAGAAAACAAAAAAUGGCUUAAUUGUUUGAUCGGAUCAAUGAUUUAUGAUCACAAUUAUCAAGUCUAUGUAAAUACAUAUGAUAUUAUAUCACUUUCCAAGUUUAUUUUAUUCAAUUUGAAUGAAAAUGUUUCAAUUAAUUUACAAUUAAAAUCGCUGAGAAUUAAAUUAAUUAUUUUUAUCCAUUUUUCAAUUGUUUACAAUUAGUAAAUUGUUAAACAUUGAACCAUUUUUUUCCCCACAGGCAAAGUUUUAACAUCUAAUCAUUUCUAAAUCAUGUUAAUCAUUAACAAUUAUGAUUUACUGAUCAUCUCUGUUAAAUUAAUAAUAAUUACUUUUAAUUGUAACCUGAAAGUUACAAUUUAUUAAACUUUUAAAUUGUCAAUGACUUUUUUUUUU